GCUGCUAACUAGUGCCUGGAGUGCGUCGGUCUGGCGCGUCGGUGCGGAAGUCGUGCGUGUGACCACUUGACCGCCCAGUAAACAUAUCAUCCAGCGUAAUUGGUCACUACCCACUGGGGAAUGUGCCGCUUCUUUUGCCCACGACAUCCCUCUCUUCAUCAAUGCGCACAGUAGCGAGAGUGCCCCGCCGACACGACUGCGAACAAAGAAGCGCUCCACGAAUGGCCAGCUCGCAUGGCGUGGAUCACAUGCAGCGCUUCGUCCACCUCCGAACACCGCGGUGACAAUGUGCGCAAGGGCUCGCCGGAGAAGAGUUGGGGCAGAACGCUGAAGAGAAAGACAUCACAAUGGUUGCCUUCGCUGUCCACGGCGACGUAUGCGCCGUUCCAGAUGGCCGAGGACCUGCUCGACACUGUUCGUUCGACCACCCGCCCUCAACCACAACCAGUCUUCGCGAAUAAAGCAGAAGAGGCCAAGACGAUCCUAGAGGCGCGAUUAAGCGCAGCGACAACAUACCAAGAAUGGUGGACACGCGCGAAGGAGUUGGACUUUCUCGAGGGAGCUCAUGACUGGCGAAUAGAGAAUGAGAAGCAAGAGGAACAUGACUAUGACUAUGACCUAGUCACCGCUCGUUUGAAGGAACUCAAGCAGGCACUGAAUGAGAAAGAUAUGGAGGCAGUUCUGUACCACAUCCGCAACCACCUCAAGCGAGACUUGGGCGGCAUGUGCAAUUCCAAUCUCUACCAACAUUGUCGCAUAGGCACAAAGUACUCGAUCGACGAAUACACGGACGUCGUCAGUUACGCGAUUGAGCAGCUGGUAGACUACUGCGAGCGAGACCCUGCGGCGGACGUCAAACGAUUCAACCAGACUUUGAAGCAAGCUCGAGCUGCGUUCGGCAAAACAGCAUUAAUGCUGUCCGGAGGAGGUACACUCGGCAUGUGUCACAUUGGUGUCGUGAAGGCUCUUAUUGAAGAAGGUCUUCUACCAUCAAUCGUUUGCGGUGCAUCAGCCGGCAGCAUAGUUGGCUCCGUUCUCUGCACGCACAAGCGAGACGUCAUCCUAUCGAAACUGGAAGAGCUCCAAUCGGGCGAUCUGAAAGUUUUCCAAAGCGACGAAGAGAUGCCAGGCUGGAUCGGUGCGAGUGUCAAUCUUGUCAAAGGCGAACAUGCCUUCCGGGUUACCAACCUUUGCCGAGUGAUGCGAAAUCUUCUGGGCGACAUUACCUUCAAGGAGGCCUACAACUUGACGCAGAUGGUCCUGAACAUUCACGUCUCGUGUAAGGACAAGCAUAAUGUGCCACGACUGUUGAACUACGUCACGUCGCCGCAUGUCGUGAUCUGGACCGCUGUGGCGUCCUCCUGCGCACUACCGUUCGUCUUCGAGGCUCCAGGGUUGAAGUCCAAGAAUCCAGUCACGGGAGCGAUCGAGCCCUGGGGUCAUCUCACUCACAAGUAUAUCGACGGCAGUAUUCAAGGAGAUCUACCAUCUGCAACGCUUGAGCGCCUGUUCAAUGUCAACAACUUCAUUGCAUGUCAAGUCAACCCCCAUGUGCAGCUUUUCCUGCCAAAAGAGCACAGAGAACAAGUUCAGGACUCAGCUUUGCUACGACACAUGGUGACGCUGAGCAAAACCAACCUUAUGUUCAUCCUCGACAGCGUAAUAGAGCACUGGGACCCAUUUCUGCUGAAGGUCCUGCAUUCUGUCGUUACGCAAAAGUAUAAUGGAGACAUCACGAUACUGCCAGACAUAGAUUGGGUCAAGCCCCUAGAAAUACUUGCUAAUCCAUCACACGAGUUCAUGAAGAAAGCAACACAACAUGGCGAACGAGCUACUUGGCCCAUGUUAGAUCGGAUUCGAAAUACAGUGGCGACUGAGCUAGAUCUUGAACGCGCAGUGAACAACACCACUGCAGCCUCCAUCAUGAAGAAUCGCGAUUACGGCUCGAAGAGACGCAGAAGAGCAUCAUCUACGAGAUCAGAAUAUGGUCUAUACCACAGGCGAAGCAGGAGCGGUGACUUUCCUAACGCGGUCGCGGUUCCACGGCUGGUUCGUGGUCGCACUGCAUUACAUUUACCAAUCAGAUCCAUGUACGAACCGACGGCACUCUCUCCCGCACAGCGUUCAAGUCUCGGCCCUGGGGAGACUCUCCUAUCCUCAUCAGACGAGAAGGGAUCUGGGCAUUCCUCACCUACCACAUCUUAUGAAGAUGAAGAUUUCGACGACAUUACCGGCCGCAGUGAGGGGUCGCGCACACCAGGAGAUGUUGACAUGGAAGAGACGGAUCGUCGGUUGCGAGCUUUCCUCUCACAGCCUGUUUCUCCUAGUAUCUCGUUUAAAAGUUUUCUUCGCUCCGCAGAGGAGGAGCACCAGCAGCAAGCCCAGCAGCCAAGCUCACCGGACCUAAGACGAGCACUCAAUGCUUUGCAGAUGUCGACUAUUCACUCACCACCAAACUCACCAGAGCGGAAGAGGUGAAAUAAAAAGCAAAUCCUAGAGUCCGAUGCCUACUGGUCUGUGACCAUUUCCUUUUAAACUUGAGAGCACACGAUUUGUAUACGAACGAAACUUGCGCUUACGGAAUGGCGUCUUGUUGGGAGAGAUAUUCAGUGCAUAGAAAAGGCGUCUGAGAUACCCCAGGGAAGGAAGAAGGAACUAAAUCGCGAUACAUGAUGCUUAUUGUCGCCACUGUAGACCACACAUAGUGGAUCUCAUCUGUCUGUUUGAUCACACCGCUGUACAGGAACUGGCCCACUGAGCCUAUAGACAUGGCGCAAGCUACAUUGCAGCUUCAAUAUACAUCCUUUUCAUACACAC